AUGGUGCCACAUUCCUCCCUUGUAGAGCUGCUUUUGAGGUUUUGCCCUCCCAUGAGGCCAACCUGAUUCAUGCCAGGCUUCCUCAACAGAGCCUCCUGUCUAGUCCUUAUUCCAAGAGACCUGUAUGUUGACAAAAAUACUUUACCAAGUACCUGUGGGUAUUCGUACACCACACUUCAUCCACAACCACCAUGGAGGCAUAUGAAUGUAGCAAGAACCCUGGCAAGCCAGGAAUGAAAAAUCCAGUCCAUCUCUGCUCAAAACUGUCAGUGUGACUUUGGACAAAACAUCUCGACAAUUUAAAAGACAUUGCAAAGUUUUGAGAACAGGGUCUGGUGAAGAUGGAAAAGAACUUCCCCACCUCCUCUGCUCCACACUGACUUCAAAGAUGCCUCAGUUACUGCGAAACAUUCAUGGGAUCAUUGAGGCCUUUGGGCGCUACGCCAGGACAGAGGGCAGCUGCACAGCUCUUACCCGCAGGGAGCUGAAGAGACUGCUGGAGCAGGAGUUUGCGGACGUCAUAGUGAAACCCCAUGAUCCGGCCACUGUGGAUGAAGUUCUGCGCCUGCUGGAUGAAGAUGAGACAGGGACUGUAGAAUUCAAAGAAUUCCUGGUCUUAGUGUUCAAAGUUGCCCAGGCCUGUUUUAAGACAUUAAGUGAGAGUGUUGGGGGAGCCUGCAAAUCUCAAGCGUCUGGGGGCCACCAUGCUGGGUUCUCAAAAGAGCUGCAGGAAGGUCAGAGAAGUGGCACUAACGUGGAACAGGCUGGCAAAGGACAGCAUCAAGAAGGAAGCAGCCAUGGGCACAGUGAGUGGGCUACGCAACAGCAGGGAAGGACUGGGACUCAAACCCAGGGUCAGGACAUCAGCUCUCCACAGGUGAGCACCCGUGACAGGCAGGCCGAGUCCCAGGGACAGGUGCAGGUGAGCCAGCGGACACAAGUAAGGGAGCACGUGGAGCAGACCCAGAGAGUAGGAGACAGUGUGAGUCAUCAGACCAGAGAGAGGAGGUCAGAAAGGCAGUCACAGAGCAGCAAACACACAGGUGAGACCAUAACUGGAACCACAUCACAGAUCCAGACAGGUGCAACACAGACUGUGGAACAGGACAGGAAGCACCAGACAGGAAGCAUCCAAACACAAGGAUCCCCCUAUAGUCAGACCAGAGAAACCGAGGCCCAUGGUCAAGACACGAGCCAGACCAGCCAGGUUGUGGUAGGAGGACACAUCCAGGCCCAGGCAGGGUCACACAGUCAGACUCAUAAGCAAAGUGUGGAACAAGACAGGAGCCAUCAGACAGGAAGCACCAGCACCCAGACACAGCAGUCUUCCUGUGGCCAGACAGAAGGGACUAAGGCCCUCGGUCAAGACAAGAACCAGACCAGCCAGGCUGUGAAAGGACACAUCAAGUCACAGGCAGGGUCAUACACCCAGACUCAGGAGCAGCACUGGAGUCAGACUGCAAGCCCCAUUGGGGACAGAGGUCAGGGACAGACCCAGACGCAGUCAGGCAGUGACCAAAGAUGGACACAAGCAAGCAAGGCAGGACAGUCAGUUCUGGAAGGACAGGUCCAGACUGGGGCAAGCACUGUGACAGGAAAACAGGAUCAGAGCAGCACUCAGCCAAGUGUGACUGGAGGGCAGCAAGAGAGAGAGCCCACAGAGGUGAGAGAAGAGUGGGUCGAUGACCACACAAGGGAAAUAGUGAUCCGAAGACAGGAUGAGGGCAGCCCAUGCACCAGUGCUCCUUCAGUGUAGGGCCAGGAGGCAGCCCAGCCCCAGAGAAGGGAGGCACCACCACUGUCAAGGGGCUGUAUUCCUACCAGAGAGCCAACAAGCCAAGACUCUGUCUGACUCCGAUGCCCCAUACCAGCGACAGCCAGAGAGGGACUGGCACAUCCUUGGUCAUCAGCUCUUCAUUACAGCGCUCCCCCUUUAGUUCUUCCUCAAAGAGAACAUUUCUGCAAGGUGUUUUCUCUCUUAAACUUUGCUGUGCAGACUCUCAAAAACUGGAAGCCAUCCAUUUCUGCUGAGUUCUCAGCUUGUAAGGGUCUUUGGGGCUACUUUCAUCUGCCAUCUGUCUGCUGUCCACCUAUGCUAAUACAUUAAUAAAACCUUCGUAAGCAAUUGA